UAUGCAAUUGGACUUUUAAUGCGAACGUUGGUUUCUAAUUAAUCGCCGAACACGUGUUACCGGUUCGGCGCGCGGAUCUUUCCUUUUGAAGCGUUUCUCAUCUCGUCGAGACUCGAGCCGUCUUAAUUUACCGAUAACGUAUCACGUGGAAGAACCGGAAUCGGUCACGGUGUAUCGCGCGGAACAAGAUACAGUCGAUUCGCGACGCGAAGUUAAUUUAUUAUCGACGAUUAAUGUUCGAGCAAGAUCGUCGAGUACGAUGUAUAUGUAAUUUAUAUAACUGUCUUUCGUGAAUAAUUUAACACAAAAAUGGAACGGAAACGACAGGAUCAUCGUUUCAUCACCGAGGAGUCCGCCUGUCCGAAAUACGUGAUCCACGAUUUUCCCGUAUCACAUUUGAACGACGCGGAAAAAUAUCGCCGAAUAGAUGCAGAUUAUACCGUGGAAAAGCUGCGAAAACUCGUGUCGGAUCCCGUCACCAGCGAUAAUGUCGCACGAAUAUCACGACUUUUGUCUGAUUAUCUGCGUGAGAUCGGCGACGACGGUUACCCAGUCAAACACCUGCCGGCUGUAAUGAAGGUGCUAGAAUUUCUAGCCUGGAAGACCAGGGAAGCCAACGACUAUCGGGCGCAUCUGGACAGGAUGUUGCAGUUAUGCAGUCAGCCGCCUUUGCUGAAACACACUUCCGAGAGUCUCGUUAGCUCCGCCGUAAUGGAACAUUAUUUCACGUUGCUGGGUUAUCUUCUGACAAUUUUACCCGACGAGGAAGAUGUCCAGCGGAUUCACGCGGCUCUUGAUUGUUUAUUAAUCAAAACGAAACCAAAGAACGUCGCGGCAGUGAAACUGGAUUUUCGUCGUCGAGCUAUGGAGAAUUCUAAAUUGCCGAUCAUCAUCGUCGAAUUACUCGAAGCUGCUAUGCUGAAGAUGUACACGAAGAUGUUGGAACUGGCCUACAUGCUCGCCUCGAUCUCGAAUCAAUGUUGUUACAGAAUGCUGCAGGCCGGUAUACUGAACACGCUAUUCACCAGGAUGGAUCUUCCUUACGCGACGCAGCCGCGCUGCACCAGACCGCCGGACAUACCCCUCGAGGGAGAGGAAUAUUCGUGGGACGUCAUGCUCUUGAUAAUGAAACUCUUGUGGAGUCUCAUGAGAUCGGUGUUAUCUCCGAAUACACUACCGGAACACCUGAAGGACCUUCCAUCGCUCAAGCAAUGUGCCAUGUGGGGCUUAAGGUAUUCCUUCAAGCGGCAGAUACUUCGCGGUCAAUAUUGCGCCGUCAAUUUGAGGAUCAGGAACGACAUUGCCGCAUUGAUCCUCGCUGGAAUCGUGACUCUAUCCUCGUGGGAUCUUGUCAGCAGCGGCAUCGCGGAGGAUGUCGUCAAUCUUUUACCCGCAAUUGAAUCCGGCAGUACCAAAAUAUGGACAGAAAGUGUGAAGUUCUCCGACAAUGAAGAGGAUCUCUUCUUCAAAAAAACCCUACUGAUGAUCAUCGCUCAUCUCGCCGAUAUCGACGUUUACGUCUUUAUAAUGAAAAAAGCGAUGAUUAUGCCGAUUAUUCUCCGGAUCAUUAAGUCCUGCAUGAGCAAUAAAAAGGAUAAAGGAUCUUCUUCUGCGUCACUGAUUCUGUUGGAGCACGCGAUGCAUAUUUUAUCACUGUUAGCGCCACGAUUAGAGACGGAAUUUGUGAAGCGCAGAGGCACUUUUACCAAUACAGUGUACCUAAAUAAGCUCACGAUGAGGAGGCAACGAAUCUUAACGUUGCUGCUGAUCGCCCUAGAAGGUCUUGUAAAAAAACAAACGUCUGUUCAGCAGCUGUGCGAAGAACGAAGCAUUGAGCUCGUCUUAGAGAUCUUCGCAAAGUGCUUGUACAAAAAAGACGAGGACUUCCAAGUGGAUCAGCGACUUCUGUUAGCAAUAGGCGCUUACAUUUGGAAAUGCGUGGUGCCAUGUUCUGGGAGUCUCCAGAUUUUCUUGAGAAACGGCGGACUGUACUCCAUGCUGGAUAUUGUCGAGAUCGUGAGCUAUCCCGUGAAAUGUUUGUAUCUCGGUGCGCUGACCGAUAUGUGCGACAGGACCUUUUGCGGGCCGUGUCUCUGCACCUGGAGAGGCGCCGAUAAGAAGACAGGUUUGAUAUCCUUGCUCGCGACUGUCUGGCGAGAAGAGGAAGACAGGAUCGGUAUCAAGAGACGCGCCGACGAUUCCAUAGCAGAUCCUGAAUUUCCUCAGAUGGGCACUAAGCAGUGGACAGACACCUAUCAUUCGCAGCUUACGGAAGACGUUAGUCCCACUAUAAUCGACAUGAUCGGUUCGGCGCGAUCGAAAAUCUUCAGUAUUUUGAAAAUCAUCGAGAGAGACGGCGACAAAUACAAAACCGCCAGAGAGCAUUACAAGAUUCUACUCGAAAAACUACCAACAAAAGAUCACAUAACGCUGUGCUGCAUCGACAUGUAUCUACGACUGAAACUCGGUCAGAUGUGGACGGAGCUCAGUAGAUACCUGGAGCAGACCGGCGUCACCCCGCUGAGCGUGGACGCACACCUGAUCGCCCACAUGGUGCAGUGGCACCGUUCGUGGGGCUUCCUAAUCGAGGGCCGCCAGAAGAAGCUGACCGCAACGAUCUCGGAGAGGGACGAGCUCGCGAGGAUACGCGACGCCAGACUGGCGCCGACCCUGGAGGCGUUGGACGAGGUGGACCGCAUCCGUCGCACGACCGACAGAUCGUACAUGCUGCGGAAGAAAGAUCGGCAGAGACGACAA